AAUUUUUGGAAAAUUCAUCUUUUUUCAAUUUAUAAUGUUUAGAUUGCUAUCUGAUCAAUAAAUUAUUUAUCCUUAAUAAAAUCAAAACGAAUCUUUUGUAAGUAAGUAAAUAAAUAAAUAAGCAAAUAAAUUAGUUAAUAAAUAAAUAUCUUUGUUAUCAAAAAUGUUUUCAACUUUAUUAAGUUUAAUAAGCAAGCAAACAGGCAAAAUCGAAAAUAAGGCAAAUUCUGCUGAGAUUUUGAUAGGAACAAUAGACUAGAGCACAACAGCAACAAAAUUUGUUGUUUUUGAUACUCAUGGUUAAUUGAUCGACAAGGAAAUUAUUCCUCAUGAUCAAAUAACUCUUCAUCCAGGCUGGCUCGAACACAAUCCAGAAUAAAUCUUAGUGAAUACCCAUCAAGCUAUUAAUAAUACCAUCAAAAGAAUAGAAGAAAAAGGUUACAAAAGAGAAAACAUCAAGACAAUUGGAAUUACAAAUCAGAGAGAGACUGUAGUGGCAUGGAACAAAAACACAGGUAAAUCUUAUCAUAACGCUAUUGUAUGGAGCGAUACUAGAACUCAUGAAAUUUGCAAGAGAUGGCUUGCUAAACACGACAACAAUAGCAAUAUAUAUUCAAAAAUAACUGGAUUGCCAAUUAAUACAUAUUUUUCAGCAUUCAAAAUAAGAUGGUUGAUUGAAAAUGUUCCUGAAAUCUAAAAAGAGUUAGAUGAAAAUGUCAUCUUUGGAACAAUGGACUCUUGGGUUAUAUGGAAUUUGACAAACAAAUUGCAUUUGACUGAUGUAACAAAUGCCUCCAGAACAUUUUUGCUCAACAUCAACACUUUGUAGUAUGAAGAAAAAAUAUUGAAUGAAUUUGGUAUUCCUAGCAAAUGUUUACCAAAAGUUUUGUCCAGUGCUGAAAAUUAUGGUGUCAUUGAAAAUGGAUUGCUUAAAGGUAUUAGCAUCGGAGCUUGUAUGGGAGAUUAGCAAGCUGCUAGUUUAGGUCAUGGAUUAUUUUAAGUAGGAGACUCUAAAAAUACCUAUGGUACAGGCUGUUUCUUAUUAGUAAACAUUGGCAACACUCCUGUUUACAAAGAAGGAGGCUUGUUAACUACAGUUCUCUAUAAGUUAGGUUAAGAUAAGCCUACCUAUUAUGCUUUUGAAGGAUCUAUCGAAGUAGGAGGAUCUUCAAUUAACUGGGCUAGAGACAAUCUAGGACUUUUUAAAACAUAUGAUGAACUGCAAAGAUUAGUGGAAAGCAUUGAUGAUAGUGGCGAUCUAUGUUUUGUACCAGCUUUUAGUGGCUUGUUUUCACCUUACUGGAGGGAAGAUGCAGCAGGUUGCAUACUUGGUUUAUCUUUACAUACUAAAAGAGAACAUAUUUUAAGAGCUUUAUUAGAAGGCAUUGCUUACAGAACUAAAGAUGUAAUUGAAACUGUUGAAUCAUCUACAGGAAAUAAAAUAGAAAGCUUGAAAGUUGAUGGUGGUUUGACUAAUAGUGCUUUUUUGAUGAGAUUUUAGGCUGAUAUAUUACAAAGAAAAGUAUUGUAAACAAGAGUUGCUGAAAGUACCUGCCUUGGAGUUGCUUUUGCUGCAGGUUUGACUGCAUAGAUCUAUAAAGAUAUCGAAGACAUAAAGAAAUGCAUUUAAAUUGAUAGAUAAAUAGAACCCCAUAUUGAGUUUUAAGAGAAAUCGAAACAGCUUUAUAAAAAGUGGCAAUUAGCUGUUGAAAAAUCUUUAAAAUGGAAAGAUUGAGUUUGUUAUUUAUUUGUUUAUUUCUUAUUUGUAAAAUAUAAUUUUUAUAAUUACUUAAUUUGUAAAAAAUUUAAAUACUUUAGGUUUCUAUAAUGCUUGCUUUUAUUGCUUAACAUUUGUGUGUUUUUUAUGCAUUUUAAACUUUUUGAGUAUUUUUAGAUUUAAAUCAAAAUAGACAGA